UCCCCUGCACUUUGGGUCCGGGACCCCUGGCGGUCCGCUUCCCGGUUGCCCUGCGCUUGUGCACUCCCCGCUCUCCACCAUGCCCGGGGGCGUGCCCUGGUCCGCCUACUUGAAAAUGCUGUCCUCCAGCCUCCUGGCCAUGUGCGCCGGGGCCCAGAUGGUGCACUGGUACUACCAGCCUGACCUGACAAUACCUGAAAUUCCACCAAAGCCUGGAGAACUCAAAACGGAGCUUUUGGGACUGAAAGAGAGACACCACAAACCUCAAGUUUCCCAGCAGUAGAAACUUCAAAAUACAACUCUGCCAAGCAUUCUUUGCUUAUUGGCAAAAUAAUUCAGAACCCACCAAGAUCAAUGCCUAAAUCUAAGUAAUGAAAACUCAAAACGAGGCAGCGGCACAGGACUUCAUAGAAAGACCCCAUCUCAACAUCCCUGCUCCAUCCGAGUGUUUCCACACAGUGAGCAGCAUGGUGGGGUGGGGGUGUCAAUCUGCUUCAAAAGAUCUUGUGAAUGUUGGAUAAAAUAAAGGAAUGAAACAUUGCCCCCAGC